ACUGGGUCACUCUGACGCCUAGCCUGACUCUGUGGAAUGGAGAUGGAGGAGGGGGAUGGCAGGCAUAGGGGAGCCUCGCUGAGAAAUCCAGUUCUGCAGUGGUGGCAAUCAGUGUCUGCUUCCAGAGAAUGCCACCCUGUUCUCCCAGGCACAACGGAUGCACCUUUCAGACCUGGGGGAAGGGGUAACCAUUGGCACCAGGAAAGACGGGAGGGGUGGAUUGGGGUGGUGAGGUGGUGUCUUUCUAGAACAGUAGGGACUGGAGAAAGCUCCAGGGCUGGGGUUGGUGGUGAUCUGGUUGGCGCUUGUCUUCAUCUCAGCUUGGGGUGAUGGGUGAGGCUCUCUGGGACUUGUUUCAUCAGGAUGAAGUCUUCAGAAGGCUCCAGAACUUCACUCCUCGUCCUCCCUCUGCUUUCCACCUUUCUCGCCUGCUAAGCAGGGAUCAGCUCUGUGCUCUGAGGAGCAAAUGGAAGGUGCUGUCUUCUGCCGGCAGUACAGGGCAAUGCAAACACAAGCAGGCUCCACACCCCUCUGGCUUUGCUGUCUUCUCUUGCGUGUUAAAGGCUGGGUGGGCAACAGGGAAUGGGACAGCAAUGGGGCAUUCAGCCUGCUGAAGUCAUAGCCCAGGCCCCCAGUAUGGUCCUUGCCUCACUUCUUUACAUUUUCUGCCCUGGCAGGUGACUCUUCCCUUUAAAGAACCUGUCCUCUGGUCUAACCUCCGUCUUAACUAGAGGGAUCACAAAAGAAGCUCUGAGAGGGUUCUGAGGGGUAUGUCCAGCUCCAGACAGCCCAUGUGUAAAUCUCAGCUAUGAAGUCAGACCUGGCUACAAAGGCCAAGUUCCUGGAUGGUUCAUUCUCACUAGCAAGCGAAGCACCACGGCGGCCUCAAAGCCGCAAGAGGUUGCCUUUAAAAAGUGAAGGUUCACUGGUGCGCGCUGUGCUGUCCUCACACUCCUCCCACCACACCACAGCCUCUUGGCUUUACUCUGCCUACCCCGCCGGCCGACCCAGAACCCUGGGCUUUUGCGGACCCAGCGAUCCGCUGUAAAGGGGUUAAAGUAACCACCCAACCCACCACUGGAAUGCCUGGAAGGUGGGGCCUAGUCCUUGCAUCUCCAUCUCGGAUGCUUUGGGGGUGUGAGCAGAAAGUUUGUGGAAUGAAUGAGUGAAUGAAUGAAUGGCAUCAAGAACUCUGAGUUGACUUUCGUUUUUAAAAAUCUCUUCCAACUUCCUCUCCUCCCAGCAGCCUGCUCCCUAAUCCCACUCCCCAGACCCCCAUCCCACUUAACCACGAUCACAGAAUGCAGGCCGUCACCCACUGAGGACUGGUUCCUGACUCUGUGGGACCUCUGUGUCCCGGUGGGGAUGCUGGGAAAUGUUGGAAAACCUGCUCCCCCAGAGGGGCAAGGGCGCCGAUUGGUCGUUCUUGCCAAUUUUCAUAGUGUAAAUUUUCCCCCCAUGGUUGAUUUCAAGCCUUAGUCUAUUUCAAGGCUUGAAAUGACUGAGCAGAGAGUCAGGGAGGGAUGUGCACACUGGCUCCACGGGCCUCCGAGAACCAGCUCCAGUCCAUCACCACGGGUCUUCCCCCCGACCUAGGUUUGGGGUGCUAGCCUCACCGGCUUUGAUGCGGGGAGAGAGGGCAACCUCUGGUUUAGGAGAAAGGGAUGUUCUCGCCUGCUUCACUCAACUCGAGAGAGAGCCCCAACGGCCAAGCCUGAAAUACUGGUAGGAAGGGAAGCCACUGAGAGAAACUUUGCUCAGAACAGACUCAGGGCCGUUGGUAGGGCGGAUGGGCCACGAACGAUCUGUUUUUCUCUCUCAUCUGCCCAGCAGGGAGCAAGAGGUGGGUGAGGAGGCAGAGUUUCUGUUACACAAAAUGAAAACACGAAAGCCAAGCCAGGCUGAGUUGGUCUCUUUCAUGAUUUGAAUGAGCAGCCGGAGGCGCCCUCCCCAUCUUCAAAAGAGGAGUCUUAAGACCUCAGAAUUCUCCAAAACAGAGAAAAGAUAAAAUGAGCAUGUGAGAGACUUAUGUCUCAAAGCUUGGCCUGAAAUGGGGGCAGAGGGUAGCCAAAGGAAUGCAGGGCCAAAGCCCUCUGGCCUGGGAGCGUGGCUGGGGAGGAGGGGAACCCUGCAGCCUCAGGGAGCUCUCCUCUCUCCUCUUCGGUACCUUCUUCCAGUCAACUAUCACUGAUGGGGGAAUUUGGGCUUGACCGGUCUUGUGGGGAGAGAGACAACGUAUGUCAAUAAGUCACUGAGACGGAGGGAGACACAGGGCUGAUGGGGUAACGGUGAGGCACGUGGGAAGCUCAAAGAAAAGUAGUGAACAUGGGCCAGAGGAGCCUUUACAUUGGGUUUUGAAAGGCGUGUACAAGUCUUCAAACCAGACAAGGAGGAGCAAGGGAGGCAGGAUGCGGCAGGGAGAGCAGACUCGAUUUCCAUCAGAGGCCAACAAGGGAAACCAAUGAAAAGCCUGCUGGUGGUGGCUCUCCUUGUCAUUUUCCAGGUGUGCCUGUGCCAAGAUGAGGUCACGGAUGAUUACAUCGGAGACAAUACCACGGUGGACUACACGCUUUAUGAGUCCGUGUGCUUCAAGAAAGACGUGCGCAACUUCAAAGCCUGGUUCCUGCCAAUCGUGUACAGCCUCAUUUGCUUCAUGGGCCUGCUGGGCAAUGGGCUGGUCGUGCUGACCUACAUCUAUUUCAAGAGGCUCAAGACCAUGACGGACACCUACCUGCUCAACCUGGCCGUGGCGGACAUCCUCUUCCUCCUGACCCUCCCCUUCUGGGCGUACAGCGCUGCCAAGUCCUGGACCUUCGGCGUGCAUGUCUGCAAAGUCAUCUUCGGCACCUACAAGAUAAGCUUCUUCAGCGGCAUGCUGCUGCUUCUUUGCAUCAGCAUCGACCGCUAUGUGGCCAUCGUCCAGGCCGUCUCGGCCCACCGCCACCGAGCCCGCGUCCUUUUCAUCAGCAAGCUCUCGUGCGCGGGCAUCUGGAUGCUGGCCAUGGUGCUGUCCACCCCGGAGCUCCUGUACAGCGGCCUCCAGAAGAGCAGCAGCGAGCAAACGCUGCGGUGCUCCCUCAACACCGAGCACGUGGCAGACUUGAUCACCAUCCAGGUGGCCCAGAUGGUGGUGGGCUUUCUGAUCCCCCUGGGGGCCAUGAGCUUCUGUUACCUCGUCAUCAUCCGCACCCUGCUCCAGGCCCGCAACUUUGAGCGCAACAAGGCCAUCAAGGUCAUCAUCGCCGUGGUCGUGGUCUUCGUCGCCUUCCAGCUGCCCUACAACGGGGUGGUCCUGGCCCAGACGGUGGCCAACUUCAACAUCACUGGCAGCAGCAGCUGUGAGCUCAGCAAGCAGCUCAACAUCGCCUACGAUGUCACCUACAGCCUGGCCUGCGUCCGCUGCUGCGUCAACCCUUUCUUAUAUGCCUUCAUCGGCGUCAAGUUCAGGAGCGACCUCUUCAAGCUCUUCAAGGACUUGGGCUGCCUGAGCCAGGAGCGGCUCCGGCAGUGGUCUUCCUGCCGCCACACCCGGCGCUCCUCCAUGAGCGUGGAGGCCGAGACCACCACCACCUUCUCCCCGUAGGAGGCUCCUCCACCAGGACCAGAGGGACCUCUCCCGGGGCCCCGGGGCCGGGGACAGGCUCCAAAAGCUGCAGAGGGAAAGGCGGUCCCGGCCUUGAAGCUCGAUCUCAUGGGGAGAGCCCGUGCGGCAGCCCGGCCCUCCCGCCCUAGCUACCUCCACCCAGGUUACAGAACGUCAUGACUGCUGUGCUACGGCAGAUCCUGCCACACCCCAAAACCAAGGCUGUUGUCCCCCAGACCGAAAACCAGAAGUAGAAGUCAGGAAACAGUCCACACUUGGAGUGAAGGGAGAGUUGGUGACAGGUGGACCGGUGGAGGGGGCCUGGCAAGUCCUCUGAAUGAACUCCUUCUGACCUAGCAAGACGCCCUCCCUGAGAUUCGAGGGCUGAGGCAAGCUCUUCCAGAAAACAAGGCUUUGUCUCCGAGACCAGAGAUGGUGGGGAGACUUCUUGGCUUGGCAGGGAAAGGGGACGCCAGCGGGUCAAAGUCUCCGAAUUCCUCCCUCCAACUCUUUUUCCACUGUCAUCCAAGCCGCCGAGAAACGAGAAACGGGCAGCCUCCAGGCCUCCCAGAAAGCGCAUUGCCCCUCGCCUGCCACCUCUCAUCAGGCUGCUGCCCUCCCGGGCUCUCCGCAGGGAGGGGUGUGGCGUUUCCUGCAGGCCAGGCCAGCUGCCUCUGCCCAGCCAAAGCCGCGCUCCCGGCCAGGACUCUGGGGCGAGGAUGACGUGCGGGGAGCCCUUCUCGGGUCUCAGCACUGCUCGGAUGGAGGAGAGGGCAGGAGGAGAGGUUAGGGGCCAGGGGGUGGCGACAGUCCUGGCUGCCAAAGACCAAUGAGCUGCUCUUUGUUCUUAGUCAUGGGGACAAAAAACUCUCAUCCUGUCCUGCUUUCAGUUCAUUUAGACAGCGCAGUUUACUCACAUACAAAUACAAAUUUUCCCUUGUGGAAACAACAGCUUUAAAAGAAAGGGGGGGGAUAUUUUGGUAAAUGGCAAAUGGGUAUGUUCCUGUUUUGCAAGCCCCCACUUCCCACCUGACCACCCCCUCUUUUCUCCUUUCCCUGGCCUUCAUUACCCAGAGAUGAUCAGAGCCCUGAGGUCUGCCAAGCUAUGUUGUGAGCCCAUCCAGUGACACAGGCCCAGGAGGCUGAAAGAGGUGGGCGGAGGGGAAGUACAGGGUGCCCAUCUUGCAAAUGCCCUUCCAGAACUUGUGGGAGAGGACCCAAGCCUGUGCCAUCAGCAGUGACCCAGAGAUAUGGUUUGAGCAGAGCUUUGGAAAGAACAAAGUUGUCCCUAUCUAUAACCUCACCUUUAGCAACAUUUACUCACUGGUCAGCUCAUCUGUUCCCGCUCGGUCUGGAACUAGAACCCAUAACCCUUUGUCAGUCCCUUCACGCUCCCCACAAUGGUGUAUAGAGGGAGGGCGUCCCCCUGGGGACACAGACCACAGCAUGCUGGGUUAAGGAGGCUUGGGAUAGCACCCAUGUGACAGGCUGCACCCUUUGCUGGACGCUUGAAAGCCAGGUUCAUGCAUGACCCACCCUACAGAUCCAUAGCUAAUGUCCAGUGACCCAUAACGGAGGGGCAGGGAUUGGGGAACAGCCGGUGCCCUCCACAUAGAUCCAUGUCCCUGGGUGUCCUGAUGCCUGCCCAGAUCCCUGACUCCUCCAAGCCAGAGAGGAGGUUGGCCCAAAGCUGUGAUGCAUGAGGACGUGUCUGAAGGGCCCAGCACAACAGCAGCUGGGGGCCUGGCAGGGGGAGAGGGGGGAGGCGACACUCAGGCCAAGGUGAUUCCAUCAAUUGUCCAAAUCGAAGAGAGCCUCCGUGGUAAUGAAGCCCGUUCUGUAAUGUCAUCAGCACAUGACACUGCCCUCCUCCGUGGGAUGCCCUGGCCACUAUCCGUCAGCCAGCAAGCCCUGGGGAGAAGGAAGCCGGCCUGGGCGCAGCUCGCGGGGAGCAGCUCUUGAAUAUUGAAGGGUGCAGCUGCGGAUGUGUGUGCACGAGUGUGGGGUGAGGGGGGACCCCGGAGCGCCUGUGGGGCCCCCAAGAGGAGCACGGAACUCACUGGUGUGUACAGCCUAAUGAGGUUACAGGCGGGAAACGAGCCUCGGUCCCUGAAGGAGGAAUUCGAAGGAACGCUCAUGAGCAGGAAGCCAGGCCAACCGCACAAACACGCCAUCUCGGCCUCAAAUACAUUUUUCUAAAAUAACUGGACAUCUUCGAGUAUUUACAGAGACAACAAACACCAGCAAUGUUAAUUCCCCAAACGGCUCUGUCUCAGCUCAUUGCUGGCCUAGCCCCUGCUCCCUUGCCCAGCGCUCUCAUGGGCCUACCUUGAACUUUGGGGGACCCCUAAGGAAGAAGGAAAGAACUCACUGGGGAGACCCCCAGCACCCAGGUCUUCUCUCUCUCUCCAUCUCUCAUCCACUUAUACAAUUGCCCCAUCAUCCUGGGUUCAUGGCCCCCAUGGCCCCUCCCCGUCUCCUUCAGCAUCCCCCGUCUUUCCAUCCCCAGCCUCCCUGGCUGUAACCCCAGGGCCUAAAUCUGCCCGUCCAGCCAGAAGCACCACACCUCAAGAAUCAUGGAUUCACAGAGCUGCAAGGGACCUCAAAGAUCAGCUGGUCGAAACCAAUCAUCUUCUAGAUGGGGAAACUGAGACCCUGAAGGAGGAACAGACUUGUCUAAAGAGGCUUUGCAAUAUAAGGAUACUGGGGAAACUUGCUUUGGGGGCCUGAGUAUCUGGCAGGAUUAUGGGAGGCGGAUGCGGGAGAGCCGACUCUCUGAAGCCAGGCUGACUCGGAACCUCAUCUCUAUCGCUUCCCAGCUGUGUGACCUUCAAGUGUUGCUCAACUGCUCUGAGGCUCAGAUUUCUCAACUGCAAAAUGGAGAGGAUUUGGCAAACAUUUUGCACUGUGCCUGGAAUGUUGAAUGUGGUGAUGGGGACCACAGGCUCUGCAGCCAGACUGCCUGGUUUGAAUCUCAGCUGCGCUCCCUGGGCUCCUUACUUAGUCUCUCUGUGUUUCGGUUUCCUAAUCUGUGUGAUGGGGAAAAUCAUAGCACCUACCUCCUAGGACUGUUGUGAGGAGCAAAUAAAUUCAUAUUAUGUAAAAUGCUUAGAAA